GGCGGAUGCACUGCUGUCGUGGUUGAGCGGCUGGUGCAACCGGGAAAGGUGUCCGGGGCGGUCCGCUCUGGGGCAAAGGUCGGCGCUCGGUGACCGGACUCUUCGGAAACAUGUCGGCGGAGGAGAAGCAGCCCCGGUCGCCGCAGGCGAUCAACCCCGUCAAGAAUUUCUUCGCCGGGGGUUUUGGCGGGAUGUGCCUGGUGUUUACUGGGCACCCGCUGGACACCAUUAAGGUUCGGUUACAGACGCAACCAAAGCCUCUUCCUGGCCAAGCUCCCAUGUUCAAAGGAACUAUUGACUGCUUCUACAAAACACUAGUUCGAGAGGGUGUUCGAGGUUUAUACAAAGGAAUGGCUGCUCCAAUUAUUGGUGUUGCACCUAUGUUUGCUGUGUGUUUCUUUGGCUUUGGCUUGGGUAAGAAACUACAGCAGAAGAAUAUUGAAGAUGUCCUCACGUAUCCGCAAUUGUUUGCUGCGGGGAUGCUAUCUGGGGUUUUCACCACUGUGAUCAUGGCACCAGGGGAGAGGAUCAAAUGUCUUUUACAGAUUCAGGCAGCUACUGGAGAAAAGAAGUAUGCUGGCCCUUUGGAUUGUGCAAAACAGAUUUACAAAGCAUCUGGCAUUCGGGGCAUCUACAAGGGAACUGUUCUCACCCUCAUGAGAGAUGUCCCAGCCAGUGGAAUGUACUUCAUGACCUAUGAAUGGCUGAAACAUACACUUACUCCAGAGGGACGGAGGAUGAAUAUCGAGAUCCCCCCCGGGCUGACGGACCUGCUGCAGGGCUACACGGUGGAGGUGCUCCGGCACCGGCCCUCCGACCUGGUGGAGUUCGCCAUCGACUACUUCACCGAGCUGAAGGAGAAGGAGGAGCGGGCCGGGGGCAGGCGCCGCUACAACAAUGACGACCCCAUGCAGACCGAGUCCAACGGGGACGACGGUUCCGAGUCCGACUCGGAGUCCGACUUCGAAGAGCCAAUUAUUAACAGAUUAAGCAGAAGGGUUUCAGUUUGUGCAGAAGCUUUCAACCCAGAUGAAGAUGAUGAAGAGGAUACAGAACAAAGGGUUGUUUACCCAAAAACAGAUGAUCAACGAGCUAGAUUACAGGAAGCCUGUAAGGAUAUUGUUCUGUUCAAAAAUCUUGACCAGGAACAAAUAUAUCAAAUCCUUGAUGCAAUGUUCGAGAGGAAAGUUGAACCUUCAGAACAUGUCAUUGACCAAGAUGAUGAUGGAGACAAUUUCUAUGUAAUUGAACGAGGUACAUAUGAUAUUUAUGUAAAUAAAGAUGGGAAGCCUCUACUCGUUGGUAAAUACGACAAUCAUGGCAGCUUUGGUGAGCUGGCACUAAUGUACAACACUCCAAGAGCUGCUACUAUUGUGGCUACCACAGAAGGAGCCCUCUGGGGUUUGGAUCGUGUUACAUUUCGACGAAUAAUUGUGAAAAACAAUGCGAAAAAGAGGAGGACAUACGAAACUUUCAUUGAAUCAGUACCACUGCUGAAAUCCCUGGAGAUUUCAGAAAGAAUGAAGAUUGUUGAUGUAAUAGAAGUGAGGACAUAUCAGGACAAUGAACUUAUCAUUGCACAGGGUGACAAAGCAGACUGUUUCUUCAUUGUAGAAUCGGGUGAAGUGAAGAUCAUGAUCAAGAGCAAGACAUUGGUGAGUCAACAGGAUAAGACUGAAGUAGAGAUUGCCAGGUGUACCAAGGGGCAGUAUUUUGGAGAGCUAGCAUUGGUUACCAACAAACCCAGAGCAGCUUCAGCGUAUGCUGUCGGAGAAGUCAAGUGCUUAGUGAUGGAUAUUCAAGCGUUUGAAAGAUUGUUAGGCCCUUGCAUGGACAUCAUGAAGAGAAAUAUAGUGAAUUAUGAAGAACAGCUUGUCUCCUUGUUUGGCACUAGUUUGGACUUGGAGAAUCCUGGUAUAUAGGCACAUUGUCAUCCAGUGUCUUCUCACAUUGAUGAAAACAAAGUGAAAAUUAUCCACACACAAUUAAAACCCCCCCUGAAAAAAAAGCAGAGUGUGGGCAAAGCAGCAUUUUCUGGCUCUUUGCAUCCCAUGGGGUAGCUACCAUGUAAUGAUGAAAUACAUUACAGGCCAGACAGGGAUGGGAAAAUAAGUGGCAUAUGUUUGUUUCUGUUUUGUUAUCUGCCUUCUUGAAUUUAAAAGCAUUUAUUCUGUAUCUUGAUUUUUCUUUCAAAACCAGAUAAAAUGUUGAUUUAGGAAUUAUCAAACUGAACAACAAAGACAAAUACUAAAUGUAACUUUUGAUAAGAUGAAAUUGAUGAAAUUCAGUGUUUCUUUGUUACUUAUGAAUAGGUGGCCAGUUAUUACCAAAAAAGCUUAAAAAAAAUGAUUGUAAAGUUUGAUUGCUUCUGUGGUUUCACCACUGAGUGUUACAUUAAACAGUAUCUGGGAUAGGUUUUAAUGUUUCAUAUAAAGCUUUAAAGAUCCCUGAAUUGUGUUAAGACCACAAAAGCUGUUUUUCAAAUCAAGGGGUUUCAAAAAUGCAAGUUGUGUAUCCAUCAUGGGAACUCAGGAUGAUUCAGGUCUUAAGUAUGACAUCAUUCAGAGGACUUGAUGAUCUUCAAGAACAACAAAGGUGGCAAAAUGCUCAAUUUGCAGAAUUAGAGCAGUACAACUGGAAAAGCAAGUCUCUAGUUUGUUGCUCCUGCUAAUCACACAGAUGCGUUCAAAAAGCAGUGUUAUUCCUGUCUGUCGUGUUUUUUUGUAAAACCUUGUCAGGUGAUACACGGUUUCCAUUUGCUGUAACUCUUCUCACCCACCAGCCACCCACACUUUUUUUUUGUUGAGGUUCUUCAGCAGUUUUGGGUUGAACUGUGUUGCUUUUAACAAAAGGGCCUUCUCAAGCACAGUGGUUACCUGCUAUAACCUUGUGCAUGUUCCUUGUGACUGCCAUAGCUAGCAGUUUGCACUAUUAGACAAUUUCUACAAAGUGAAAAAAAUUGUUUUUGAUCUAUUUUGUUAUUAAUAUUUGAGUUGUGUUUUUCUUUCCCCUUCAAUGUUUCUUUGUGGGCAUAUCAGGCGGAAGGAGAUUCAGUUCACCGGACCGAUAUUCUGGAAUUGGCAUGAUUAAGUGUUAUGCAGGACUCAUCUCUGAAAAGUUUCCUUCCUUGUCUUUUUUUUUGUGUAGUGCAAGCCACUUCUUGACCUGUUUGCACUCUUCAGGGAAAUGUUGAGCCGACUAGUUGAGGCUAGCAUUGAGAUGUUAUAUUUCUAACUUGGAGCUCAGUCUAACGUUCAAAAGCCAUGGCAUGAUGAGCUGUAAUUAGGAAACGCUGUUGAGGAAUUUAAUGUGUGACCAGAUCCAUUAACAGUCGUGCGCCACAGAACAGGAGUACCUGCAGUCAUUGAAUCAUGAAAAUAGUUAUUGCUUAAUGGAAGUUUUUUUUAAGUUAAUAUGGUGUAACAAGCUACGUAAAGUGAGUGCCGCCACUAUUUUAUUCAGGAUCACAUGAUUUAUUUAAAAUUCAUUUGAAUAAGUUACUAGAUCCUAAAGUUUAGAAAAAAUGAUUUAAGGUUACUUUUUUAAAUGUUGUGUGUAUUUUUUCCACAAACCUGUUCACCCUACAAUAAAUCCUGAAAUAUUGUCAUAUGUUUCUCUUAACCAAGCACAGACUUGUUAGACUCAGAAAUGUUGGUAAAUAAGCAGAAAUCUGCUGUGAAAAUUUACCAAACUCUUUUGUUUCUUGGAAUCCUAAUUACAUGGUAAACGCUUGGCUUGACUCACUGUUCCUGGGUGUAACUCUCUAUUCUGUGUUGAAUCAAUUCAUCUGCACCUGCUUGCUGCUGAAGAUCAUUAGCAAGAGCUCAGCAUCCCUGGAUUACACCUCUUCGUCGCUAACCAGCUAAGAAUUGGACAUUCAUGCGCUUGACUGUGUAAUGUCUCCUGUUGGCAUUGAUAGCUGAGGCUGGUGCAUGAUGAAUUGCCUCAUCCUGUAGGGGAGCUGAUGCCUGUAAAACCAGACCCUGUCAGGGAUUUGGUAUCUUCGGAUGAGGAGCAGGAGAAAGCAGACAGAACAUGGAUGAAAAUUAAAAGUUCUUUUGAUUUUGAAAAA